AUGGAAAAGAGAGCUCAAAUAAUUCUCAGUGGUUUCAAGUGGGGUCUCAGAACUGUCUCACAUCCUGAUGCUUAUUUGAUUUUGAAGGAUUCCAACGUUGUUGAAAUUACCCUCCAUAUUGAAAAGACUGGUUUGCAAUUCUAUUCUCAAUUGCUCGAUAAUGCCACAAUGGCCGAAACAAAGGGAGUUACUGAAAUUAUUCAACAUGGAAAUACUGUUAAAUUGACAGUUUGUGUUCCAGAAAAGGAAAAGGACUAUAAGGUCUAUAUCUUUGCUCGUGAAUCUGCCGAUCAAAAAUUUGAAUACAUGCUCGGUUAUGGUUUCAAUGUUGAUGCCAAUGCCACGAUGCAAGAAGUUUCCUUCCCAACCUAUUAUCCAGAUAUGGCUAAUUAUGGAGCUGAACUCAUUUCACCAAAGCAUGUCAAGAUGCACGUUGGUCAAACCUACAAUUUCAGAAUUAAAUUCCCAUUCGAAGAUUUGAUGAGUGUCUUGAUUCUUCCAGAUAAGAAAUUCAAGAGUUUGGGCUGUGGUGAAUAUGAACUUGAUUUUACACCAACUGCUGCUGGUAAGGUAUUGAUGUAUGCUUGUAAGAAGACUGAAACUCAAGCUAAGGGUCUUUUGCAAAUGGUUGUUUUUGAAUAA